GAAACGGCCUUGUAUUUCUCUCAAUUUCCGAAGAACUUCGACAAACUUAGGGCUGUUUUGGUCGCAGCCAAAUCUGACCACAAUGAUUCUCGGCAAUUUUAUCGGUAAGCGUUUUGAAAAAUGGAUAAUCCAUAUGCUUGUAGUCGUAGAUUUAAACGCAGUGCUUCAUCAUUUUCUUCAGAGAGAUUAUUUUUACCGAAGCAGACUUGCUGAUUGCUCCAGAAUCCGAGGACAAUGUUGUCUUUGCAAACGCAGCAGUCAUCAUCGCGGAUCAGAAAUACAUGUUAGAGUCUGGAAAGUUACAUGUCGUGUUACAGAAAUAUUCCCUCGAGCACAAGGCAGUCAUUCCGGUGACAAGAAGUCUUUUUUUAUACUGUCUUGAAUUUGUCUUCAUCCAUCGUUUGGCCCCAUUAUGGAACAAGAUUGACACGCACUUCAUACAAGGAAAAGAUUUUUUGGCCGAAGAAAAUAAAAUGUGGUCAAUACAGGCGAGUCUCAGUUUGACAGACAAGAUAACCUUGGCGAUGAAAGCUCAGUUGAUAAAACUCCCCAAAGCGAAGGUCGAAGACUUUGGUGUUUCUCCAAAUAUUUUACAGAAAUUUCAUCAAUCGCAGGAUUUUGUUAUUCAUGGAUAUUCACUUGAAAACAACAAAUGCUUGGUACUGCCGAGUCUUAAAACUGGUUACAUCACGUCUAUAUCACAUCAAGAUUUCACAGGCAUCGAUUUCAAGAGAUAUUGGAAAGUGACGUAUGGAUUUAGGUUACCAUCUGCUCAAGGAGGGGAUGUGUUUUACAACGUUCGUUUUCCUAUGAGUGGUAAAAUAUUCUCAUAUCCGGAAUGUUGUAUAAGAUCUAAGGAGCCACACGUCUCCUUACGCUGCGACCAGACGGCAAUAUUCAAGUCAUUUCUUGAAGAUCUGAAGCUACGAAUGCCUGAUGUUUGUGGAUCACCUUUUGUAUUCACCUCCUCCACGUUAUACUCUACCAACAGUUUGUAUUGUGCCUCUGUUGCAAAACAAACUAACCUCACCAGAACACCAGUACUCUCCAACGCAAAACAACCUUUUUCUUUCACCAAGAAAGCUGUGUCCAGUGUCAGCGAUACACCAAAUUGUCCCUCAAAGAUCACGAUGUCCCUGCCUAAUCCAAACCCAAGCACUACCUUGCCCAUGCAUGGAUCUUCAUCAUUAUUGUCUACCGUUCGACCAAACUGCAUCCCAUUACAAAACACUGUGCAAACUAAUUUGGAUAAAACAGAUAAGUUGAAUGAACAUCCAUGUCAAAGUAAUGCGGCUAUGUCAGACAUUCCUAGAACAAUGCUAAAUAAACAUGUCCCACAAACGAUUGUGGAAGCUCCAGGAGCGAAGCCAUAUGUCCCCCGUUUUACGAAGCGUCGAUCAGAUAAGGUGCUGUCAAAGACGACAACAAAAGCUGGAAGAUCAAGAAAAGAAAUGCCUCUUGUACCUUGUUUUAAGAAGAGUGAUAGUAAGAACAAGACGAGAUAUUCAAAGGCUGUUAAAACGAGUGCAAAUGGACGUGUGGAUCGUGAUUGGCAAAGGGCAGAUUGUUCUGGUGCGAAUGAUGCAGAAAUGGAAACAAGCUGUGGUGGACUGAGUCUUUCAUUGAACAAUAGGCAGGUUGUUAUUGCGGAUAGCACAAUGAAUAUGUCUUCAACAGACUCAAACGACAAUAGCUUUUGCGUGGCUUCGCAGUUCCCUGUAGAGCAAAGAUGGCCUGUGGUUGCUGUAAAGAGACCAUCGGAGUCGGAGUUGGCGAAAAAGAAAAAGGAGGGAGCUGAAGUUAUUGUUGAUGUACGGAAGAUGGUUGCAGAGAAUAAGUUGUCCAAGGUGAGCGCAGCUUCAAUAACAAAGUGGCUGAAAUCUGAAGGAGUGAAGUGUCGGUGUAGGGAGAAGAAGCAAGAUCUCAUGUUGAAAGUCUAUCAAUAUUUGGAUCUCAAACAGUCCGAACAGUGAUGGAAUCAGAAACUUGUCUCAACGCAAACUAGACUUUGUCUUUAAAGAUGGUGGUAUGGGCCGGUGUAAAUAAACCAGGAAGUGAGGACGAGUUUUAAUUUAUGAAUCUGCCUUUCGGCCUAUUGUUGGUUUGUUAUAAUAUUGCAGAAAAUUCCCGAGUAAAAAGAAGAUGUCAUAUUUUCAAUACAGUACCAUGCAAUAUAGACACUUCUGAAUUUGCUUAGGUUUGCACAAACCAAAAGCUCAUAAACUAGUCGGGUAAUGUAAUAUAUUGGUAUGAUUGAGACAUGGAGUGUGGUCUUCACAAUUUGAGAAGUAAGAACGUAAUUAUUUAAUAGUUUAUUUCAUAACCCAGAGGCAA